AUGGUGGACGACGUUACCACUGCGAUCACCACCCUUCACAAUGACCUGGAAACUCAGCUCACCACCCUCGAAGUGCACGCAAAGGCCGGCUGCACCUGGUCUUAUGCGAUGGCAGUCAUCUCUUCGCACCCGGCUGAUCCCGCGCAUGCACCGAACCCUCCAUCCUGCCCCAAGGCUUCUGAGCUCAAGCGCGCACUGCCACCUAAGCAUGCUUCUGCGCCCGUGCAGUAUGUGGUUCGUUGGUCGGGCAAAAUGCCCGAACACCUCAUCUCGACCCCUCCUGCUGUCACGCUGAACGACGUUAACUGGGCCCUGGCACUGAUCUCGACCACGGAGGGCCUCACCACCCUAGCUGCCUACCCCAGCACCACCGGCAACCUCGUCCUCGUCUUCUUGCCUGCCACCUCGCACACCCGCAUCGACGCCCACCUCCCAACCAUUCACCUAGCCUUGGGGAUCGGAGCUGAUCAAACUAUCUCCAGGGAUAGUAAAUGGUCUCGUGUUCUUCUCGGCAACGUGUACACCAGGACCUUCCCCAGUGCUGAGGUCCACUCUCCCUCUGCCUUGUCAGAGGAACUCCUCAAGAACCCAGCCAUCAAUGCCUGCUUGUCUGUCGUCCUCGGCUUUGAGGACUCAGAUGGCACUGCUCUGGCCACCAUCCUCUGCACCCUCCUCUUCACCUUCAGUGCACACGUCACUACGUCACGAUGGUGCGAGAAGCGCAUCUCUGACAGUGCACAAGGUAUUGGGCAUAUGGCCACCUCUCCCAAGAGUGCGUCAGACCGCUCCGCUGCCGUGUGUGUGCUGGCUGUCAUCAUGAAGAUUUGCAUCAUUCUCAAUGCACCUCAUGUGUGA